AUUACGGCAGACGGCCAGUAUUUGCAGGAAGACGUGUUGAGGAUUGUUGAUAGUUCUUGGUGUUGUUCUUUGCUGUGAUGGAAAACAAGAAGAAACGUGUGGUUGCUCCCUCCGUGAAAGAGAAUGGCGUUGAAGAAAUUUCCAUGGAAAAUGAGGUAUCCACAAAUACAAACGCGCCGGAUAUCUUGCCUGGAUUUAAAACGAUGGACGAGUUUUUACAGACGGGCUUCCGAGCUGCGAUGGAGGCGACAAAGCUGGCGAACCGCCUACCGUCCGGUCACAAGUGGGACAUCUACACCAGCUACCCGUCCUUCCAGAGACUCAUGGAUGGUGAGGCCAACCAGAUGAUGCAGAUACUGUCGAUGAUACUCAGGCACCAGGGGAUCGGGGCGAACGUGGUGCACCGCGACGUGGAGGAGAAGUUCGACCUGGUGGUGGAGGCCAACGAUGCCAUCCUGGAGCGUGUGGGGCUGAACUUGGACGAGCUGGCGGGCAUCCGCCGCAACCCGGAGCCCGUGCUGCUGGAGGCGGCCAUCACGCGGCCGGUCAGCGCGCCCUGGAACAGCACCGCCGCCACUGAGGCCAGCCCAGUGGCUACAGUGGUGGGCUCCGGGCAGACGGUGCGUCUGCUCACUGCGCGCAACAUCGAGCGGCCGCAGGCCAAGUUCAAGGACAAGGUGGACAACUCGCCCGGCCCGUUUCAGCCGAUCCUCAAAUACAAGCCGAAUGCGAUAACGCCGUUCGCCAUCACGCUGGAGGUCACCGACGAGGGUGAGAGAUUCUGUCACCCGUACGAGUACGAGCUGGACCGCCUGCGUGUGCCGCCCCAGCAGCUGGAGCGUGUCCCCGCCCCCCGGAAGCCCCUCCCCGUGGACGAGACGCCGCUCGUCGUGGUGGAGCGCCCGGAGGAUGUGCACAUCAUGCUCGAGGACCUGCGCCGCUACACCGAAGUCGCCGUUGACCUUGAGCACCACUCGUACCGCAGCUACCAGGGCCUGACGUGCCUGAUGCAGCUGUCGACACGCGACACGGACUACAUUGUCGACACUCUCGCCCUGCGCUCUGACCUGCAGUGCCUCAAUGACGUCUUCACUGACCCCAAAGUCGUGAAGGUGCUGCACGGGGCGGACAGUGACGUGGAGUGGCUGCAGCGUGACCUGGGCCUCUACCUGGUGAACCUGUUCGACACGCACCAGGCGGCGCGUGUGCUGGGGCUGGCCCACCUGUCGUUCGCCUUCGUCCUGAAGCACUACUGCCACGUCACCGCCGACAAGCGCUACCAACUGGCCGACUGGAGGAUCCGGCCCCUGCCGGAGGAGCUGGUGAAGUACGCACGCGAGGACACGCACUACCUGCUGUACGUGUACGACCUGAUGAAGAAUGAACUGCUGGAACGUGCCAACGGCAACACCAACCUGCUGCUCUCCGUCAUCCAGCGCUCUACCGAGAUUUGCAAGAAGAGGUAUGAGAAGCCAGUGGUGACGGAGCACAGCCACAUGGAGCUGUUCCAGCGCCACAAGAAGCUGCUGGACAACCGACAGCAGUAUGCGCUGCGCGAGCUCUUCCGCUGGAGGGACAAGAUGGCGCGCCAGGAGGAUGAGAGCAUCGGGUACGUGCUGCCGAACCACAUGCUGCUGCAGAUCUCGGAGGUGCUGCCACGCGAGAUGCAGGGCAUCCUCGCCUGCUGCAACCCCAUCCCGCCGCUGGUUCGCCAGCAUCUUAACGCCCUCCACCAGAUCGUCCUCAAAGCACGAGACCAGCCCCUCGUCCGGCCGGUGCUGGAGGAAGAGCGACUGGCACGGCCCGCUGCCCAGACGCAGUUCCUCAAGGCGAACCUGGAGGGCCCGCUGCUUUGCCCGCACGACCUGAGCCACGCGCCCGACUUCCGCGACGACCUGCCCUGCCUACUGGGAGCGGAGGCCGAGGGGCCGCAGCAGGACCAGCCUCUCUCGGCUGCCACACCCGCCGUCACUGUGUUUGACGAUGCUGACGCGUGGGCCGAUGAAGCGGAGGAGGAACUGCCGGCGCGCGUAAAGCAGGUGCGCUUCGUCAGCCCGUACGCGCGCUACCUGCGCGUGCGGCCGUAUACGCAGGAGCUGGAGGCGGAGGCGGCGGCAGCUGCAACCGCGGCAGAGGUGACGGCGCCGGAGACGACGGUGGCAGACGGGACGGUCACCUCUACUCCCACAAAGAGGGAGGUCAUCAAAGACGAGGUGGACACCUCCACGGGCCCACCGACGCUCGACUCGCCAAAUGUGAGCGGUGCCUCCGGGGCGCCAGAUUCGUCACCAGAGGGUCCUCCAUCGCUCAAGAGGGAGAGGAAGCGUUCUCCCGACACGGAAGCGGACUCUGGUCAGAGGAGACCGAAGUACCAGCCGAUGCCAGAUCAGAUAACGAUCGAGAGUGCCGACGAUGACAGCCUGCUGCCUAGCGGCAAGAGCAAGAAGAGGAGGAAGAAGAAGAAAGGGAAGGCAAAUGCGGCGGCCACACCGGCUGCAGCUGAUGCAGUGGGUGCGGGAAACGGUGAGUGCAGUGCCAGAUAA